CUCUCCUCCGCGCCGGUCAAUGCUUCAGGUCGCACCUGCCCUCGGUGUCUCGCCCAUGCGAGGGAAACAGAACAAAACGAGGGCUUUACCUGAGCGGUUUAGAAGAAAGGGACGGUUUUGAUUUUCUAUAAAGACGGUUUUCUCCUAAAGCUCUGUGUGAAACGAAGGAGGGGAAAGCAGACAUGUGCGUAGACUUGAACAAGACUUUCCUGUGUAACGACACCGCAAUGACGGUCGCAGUGGCUGGAGAGGCUCUCCCGUGGAUGGAGGUUGACUUUCCAGAGCGCAAUGGCAGCCUGGAGCUUUCCACCGCCCCUCUGGACUUCCCCAUCAACCCGUGGGACAUCAUGCUUUGCAUGUCGGGCACUGUCAUCGCCUGCGAGAACGCCAUCGUAGUGGCUAUCAUCUUCUAUACGCCCACCCUGCGCACCCCCAUGUUCGUGCUCAUAGGGAGCCUAGCCACAGCGGAUUUACUAGCAGGCAUGGGAUUAAUCCUCAACUUCGUGUUCCAGUAUGUCAUCUCCUCAGAGACUGUCAGCCUUGUUACUGUUGGGUUCCUAGUGGCCUCCUUCACGGCGUCCAUAAGUAGCCUGCUGGCUAUAACAGUUGACCGGUACUUCUCUUUAUACAACGCACUGACUUACUUCUCGGAGAAGACACUCCACUACGUGCACCUGAUGCUGGUCAGCACAUGGGGCGUGUCUCUGUGCCUGGGCCUGCUGCCUGUGCUGGGCUGGAACUGCCUGGAUGACCCGAGCUUGUGUAGCAUUGUGCGCCCGCUCACUCGCAGCAAUGUGACCUUGUUGGCGGUCUCUUUCGUCAUCAUCUUCAUACUCAUGCUGACCCUCUACUUCAAGAUCUGCAAGAUCGUGUGCCGCCACGCGCACCAGAUCGCUCUCCAACAGCACUUCUUCACCACGUCGCACUACGUGGCCACCAAGAAGGGUGUGGCCACGCUUGCCAUCAUCCUGGGCACCUUCGGCACGAGCUGGCUACCCUUCGCCAUCUACUGCCUGGUGGGAGAGCGCGAGUACCCGUCUGUAUACACGUAUGCCACGCUGCUUCCGGCCACCUACAACUCCAUGAUCAACCCAAUCAUCUACGCCUACCGUAAUGCCGAGAUCCAGCGCUCGCUCUACGCGCUCUUCUGCGGCUGCUUUCAGACCAACGUAGCCACCCGCUCCAGGUCACCCAGUGAAGUUUAGAGGGGUGCUGAGUGAGAACUUUGAGGACAAUGUGUGUGUGUGUGUGUGUGUGUGUGUGUGUGUGUGUGUGUGUGUGUGUGUGUGUGUGCGUGCGCAUGUUGACCUUCGACGAUUCGCUUUCAGUUGACCGUUAAAUCCUUUAAACAAGAGGACUCUGCCCUUAAAUGUAUGUCUAACAUAAGCAUAUGCACUUUAAUGCGACUGAAGACAAGGACACAGUCUGUCUGAAAUGCUGUGAACAACAGCUUUUGUGAUAAAAAAAAACCGGCAUUAUGUAUUUAUAUGAGAAAAGAAUGAAAAAGCGAGCACUUUAUUGAAUGUAUUUGAAAUCCAAAGCAGUAUUGCAUAGGCCGAUAUAUGUUGGAGUUAUUGGUUACUUUGUAUUUGUCAGUACUGUGG